CGGCGCGGGGCGCUGAUUUGGCCGGAGCUGCCAGCGGGGUGGCUACUGCUGUGGGUUGUUACAGCUGCUGGAGCAGCAGCGGCCCCUACCCCCUGGCACCUUUCCUAGGCCUUCGACCUCCAACCCCGCACUGUGAGUCCAGACGGGCGGCUUCGGUGGUGCCGGAACCGGGAGGGCCCCCGGGCUAGAGGAGAUACAGGAGAGAAGGAAAGAUGGGGCUGUUACCAUAGUGACGACCUUAGGGUCUUUGGCAAUCAGGAUCCUACCUCAGAACAGCGGUGGAGAGGGGUGGCAGGAUGAAUGUGGGCACAGCGCACAGCGAGGUGAACCCCAACACGCGGGUGAUGAACAGCCGCGGCAUCUGGCUGUCCUACGUGCUGGCCAUCGGGCUCCUCCAUGUUGUGCUGCUGAGCAUCCCCUUUGUGAGCGUCCCUGUCGUCUGGACCCUCACCAACCUCAUCCACAACAUGGGCAUGUACAUCUUCCUGCACACAGUGAAGGGGACACCCUUUGAGACUCCAGACCAGGGCAAGGCACGGUUGCUAACCCACUGGGAGCAGAUGGACUAUGGGGUCCAGUUCACGGCCUCUCGGAAGUUCCUGACCAUCACGCCCAUUGUGCUGUACUUCCUCACCAGCUUCUACACCAAGUAUGACCAGAUCCAUUUCAUCCUCAACACUGUGUCCCUGAUGAGCGUGCUCAUCCCCAAGCUGCCCCAGCUCCACGGAGUCCGGAUUUUUGGAAUCAAUAAGUACUGAGGGUGUAGCCCCUUCCCCUGCCCAGGAUGGCAGGGGAGGGGAGGAGGCCUGAUCUGCGAUGCUGAAGACAGAAGGAGCCUCUGGACAGUAGCCAGAGAUGGGGGUCGAGCCUCCGGGCCCAGUUUCCCCCCUCGCUUCCCCUGAUAGCACUUGGAGUAGCUUGUAGUGGGGUAGGGGUGGGCCUGCCGGGCUCUGAGCCCCUCUGGGUUUUUGAUCUUUUCCUUUUGCCUUUUAAGUAGAGAAUCCAUGGGGUGGUCAUGGAGCGGGCUGGACGCCUGGGCUGGCAUGACUCUGGAGGCUGACAUGGGGGGAGAACCCCUGCCCACUUGUUCAGCCUCAGGCAGCCAAAGCACUUUAACCCCUGCAGCUGGCAGAGGGACACGGUACAGCUUCCGGAUCGUUUCACUUUGGUUCUCUGGUCUUCAGGAUGCCGCCCAGGAUGUGCUUGUUUGUGUGGAAGCAGGCGUGUGGUGGGCCUUGGCCUCUGGGCAGAGAGCUCCCCUGCAGCCCACCCUGGUUCUGGGUGGGAGUGGGAAGGCUAAAGAGAGGGCAGAUGGGGUGCAGAUGUCCUAGUCCCACAGGGAGGGGCCAGAGCUGCUGCCCUCCCUGGUCAGGGCUGGGGAAUAGGGGUACUGAGUCCAGCGGGCUGCCUAGCUGCAGUGUAACGGAGAGGGGCCUGGUGAGGACAGAAGCUGCAGUAGAUCCCAACUCCUCCUUGGGCAUGCGGGCAUCCACACAAUGGUGGCAGCAGUGGAGCAGGGGUGGGGGUCUGUGGUGGGUUUGAGGCUCCUGGGCUGGUAUGAGGGUGAACGUGGUGGGAGUCAUCGUGAGCAGAGGUCCAGCAUGACCCUGCCUUUGGCUAUGGUAUGAGGGCUCCACCGAAAUGAUGCUGUGGAGCCCUUCGCACCCCUCCCCUCCAGGUCUCUUCAGGUUUCUCCUGUGGCACGUGGGCAGCACGAGCUGGCCAGUGCUGGAGCAGGGCACGGCCUGCAGACGCGGCCUCAGCGGCCAGAGAAGGCCCAGUGGAGCCUGCGGGCUGCAGAGGAGCCGCCCCAACUGGACCUCCUGGGGACAGCACCACUUUUGAGAAGAUGUGGUGCUCUGUACCCUUUCCCAGGGACCUGUUUCCUGCCUGCUGGCCCCCCACCUCCUGUAUCAUAGGGAACUCUCACCUCAAAAUCUUUCUAAGCAAAGUGUGAAUAGGAUUUUUACUCCCUUUGUACAGUAUUCUGAGAAGCGCAAAUAAAAGGGCAAUGUGCUCCUGUUG